GGCGAGCUGGAUGCCCUCCGAGCCCAGCUGCAGAGGGAUUUAGACGGGCGCCUGGGGAAGAUGGCACAAGCCUCUCAGGAGAUGGAGGCACGCUUGCUGGAGCUGAACUCGGAGGGGCAGAGCUCGGCGCGGGAGGGCCUGCGAGGGAGCUUCCAGCAGGAGCUGGGCAAGCUGGAGCAGGAGGUGGCAAUGCUGAGGAGGGAGCUGGCAAGCCUCAAGUCGGACCAGGAGGUGAUGGGGAAGCACAUGGAGGGGAUGCUGGAGCAGCUGAAGGCGGUGCGGGCUGACGUGGAAGCGCAGUUCCCGGCAUGGGUCAGUCAGUUCUUGUCCCAGUCCCGACAGGACGGUGCCGCUGGCCUCGUCCUUCAGCGGGAAGAUUUGGAAGCAGAGCUCCAGGCCCUGGAGCAUAAGAUCCUGGCCAAAAUCUUGGAGGACCGGAGGCUGUCGGCACGGGAUGCUCAGGGUGGUGUCGGAGUGGCCCUGCAGCAAGGGGGGACCGCAGGGGUGACGGAGGAGCAAGUGCAUCUCAUCGUGGGGCAGGCCCUGAAGCGCUACAGCGAGGACCGCGUGGGGAUGGUUGACUAUGCCCUGGAGUCGGCAGGGGCCAGCGUCAUCAACACCCGCUGCUCCGAGACCUACGAGACACGGACAGCGGUGCUGAGCUUGUUCGGCAUCCCCCUGUGGUACCACUCGCAGUCCCCCCGUGUCAUCCUGCAGCCAGACGUCAACCCCGGGAACUGCUGGGCGUUUCGUGGGUCCCAGGGCUUUGCUGUCAUCCGCCUCUCCAGCAUCAUCCGCCCCACGGCCGUGACGCUGGAGCACAUCCCCAAAACCCUCUCGCCCCAGGGGACCAUCCCCAGUGCCCCCAAGGACUUCGCUGUCUAUGGCUUGAAGGAGGAAGGAGAGGAGGAAGGCCUUCUUCUCGGGCGGUUCACCUACAACCACAACGGUGACCCCAUCCAAACGUUUUACUUGGAGGGUGAUGCCAUGGGCACGUACCAGCUGGUGGAACUCCGGGUGCUGAGCAAUUGGGGCCACCCCGAGUACACCUGCAUCUACCGCUUCCGUGUGCACGGGGAGCUGGCGCACUGA